CUGAACAGUACCAAUUUCUAUCAUGGCUUCGUCGACUGAGACCCGAAAGCCUUUUCCCCAGCCAGCUGCGGGGUACACUCAAUCCUUCUGGCGAACUGAACUGGAUCCCCUAGAUAACCACCGGAGUACACCAGAUCUACCCACUGAAGCGGACAUCUUGAUUGUUGGCAGUGGUUAUGCAGGGGCCUCGGCAGCUUAUCAUCUUUUUCUUGAGGACCAACAAGGGACUCCCCCGAAGGUAGUUCUCCUCGAGGCCCGUGAACUAUGCUCCGGUGCUACGGGAAGAAACGGUGGCCAUCUCAGACCCGAUCUGUACUCGGCCACGGAGAGAUACACAAAGCGAUAUGGACUCGAAGCUGCUGUGGAAGUUGUUCGGUUUGAGAUCGCCCAUAUGAAAACGUUUCAAGAGCUCGUGCGAAAGGAGAAUAUAGACUGCGAUCUCACUUUCACUAGAUCUAUGGAUAUCUACCUUGAUGCAGACCAGCUUGCGGCCACGAAAACCUUUUAUGAUUAUCUGGUCGAUCAAGGUUUGGACUUCAUGGAUGAUGUCAAGUACCUUUCCCAAGAGGAUGCUGUAAGAGAAGCAAAGGUGCGAAAUGCCCAAGGAGGCUUCAGCUUUUCUGCGGGUCACCUGUGGCCUUACAAAUUGAUAUCUGGUCUCAUUCGCAUUGCUCUUUCUCGAGGACUUAAUCUUCAGACGAACACAAUGGUCACCGAGGUUGGCCAGGACCGCACCCCGGAGGGUCUUUGGCCCGUCAUGACUGAUCGUGGCGUUAUCUAUGCACGAAAGAUCAUUCUCGCCACAAACGCUUACACAAGUGCCCUUGCUCCGGAGUACUCCAAGGCCAUUGUACCCUGUAAAGGGCUCUGCACUCAUAUUGAACCAGCACCUGGCGCAUCCUACCAAGAACUACCGGAGACGUACGCCAUUCGACAUAGGCCUGGAGCAUUCAUUUACCAAAUUUCGCGCAAGGAUGGGUCAAUCAUCGUCGGUGGUGCGCAGUAUAAAUACAAAGAUAUACCCGAGCAGUGGCACAGUAACCCUGACGAUGGUGCCUUGAUUCAGGCCGUCGAGAAUUACUUUGAUGGGUACAUGCAGCGCACAUUUUAUGGUUGGGAAAACAGCAAGGCGACCGUGAAACAGAUUUGGACAGGUGCUCUCCAACCACAGUGAUGGGCUACAGUGCGGACUCGUUACCACAUAUCGGAGAUAUCCCGGGAAAGCCGGGGCAGUAUAUUGCCGCAGGAUUCAAUGGGCAUGGAAUGCCAGUAGUUUUCUUGUGUGGAAAAGCUAUCGCACAAAUGGUUCAGGAAUCGGUUUCUUUCCAGGAGACUAGUCUACCCAAACUCUUUGAGACAUCUGCCGCCCGGCUGGAUCCAGUCUACAAUGACACUAUAGGCUGAGCGCAAAUAAAACAGCGUGAAGGGUUGUCGGGGCUGGAAAUGAUCUCAAUACUUGUGUUUGAUUCAAUGGUCUACCCUAGCUAAGAAGUCAGUGCUGGUACUCCGGAUACGUAUUUUGCUUCCCGGAAGGCUUGGAGAACAGAG